AUCUGUGCCAGCCGACUCCGCGGGUAGCCAUCGCUGCUGAGGCAGGAGAAAGCAGCCAUGAGGAUUGCCCUGGUCUUCGCCUGCCUGGUGGGGAUGACGUGUGCCUUCUCGGUCAAGAGCUGGCUUUGGCGAGCCAAGUCGGACGACUCAGAAGAAAACACGGUGUUCAAGAACAGGCAUCCGUAUUACCUGUACAGAUAUGUCUACGUGCAUCCCCCACAGCAACAGUACCAGGAGAGUGACUCAUCAGAGGAAGAGGGGGAUGGCUCGGAGGAGGAGGAGGAAGGGGGGGAGAAAUACCAUGCUGGGACAAAGGCAGCAGGGCUCCCCACUGGAGCAGCUUCCCAGGACAGCCAGUGUGGGCUGGAAGGAGACAGCGCAUUCCCCCAGCAGGGCAAGAGAUGCCAGGAGCCCCUGAAGGGAAGCAGAAACAGAGCUGCUAGCAAGGGAGAUGACUCUGAAAAUGAGGAUAGCAAUGAGAAUGAGCAGGAGGAGGAAGAGGAGGAGAAAGAAGAGGUAGCUGAGAAUGAGAAUGGUGUCAACGGCACAAGCACCAACACUACUGAGGGGGCAGAUGGAUCUCAUAGCAAUGGCACUGCAGUGGCUGAGGAAGGCACCGGGGUGGCCGAGGAGGAGGAGGAGGAAGAGGAGGAGGAAGAAGAAGAGGAAGAGGAGGAAGAGGAGGAAAUUGAAGCUACCACUGCAGCCAGCACAACUGGUGAAGAGGGGCUGUCCCAGGCAACCACCACAGAUGACGGGGGACCCAUGGAUGCCACCACGACAGGGGAGCAGUGGGAGUACGAGGUGACAGCCAGGGCCCACAGCCGGGGGGAUGAGGGUACCACUGAUGGCAGCUACACGGAGCAAGAUGAGUACGCCCGUGGGGACAGCUACCGGGCCUACGAGGAUGAGUACGGCUACUACAAGGGGCAUGGCUAUGACGUAUACGGCCAGGAUUACUACUACAGCCAGUGAGCCAGUGGGGGUGGCCCUGGUGCUGCCCCCUACUUCCCCAUCCCACUCAGGACCAUGCACCUGAAGGCUCAUCCAGCCACCGCACACCAGAGGGGACACAUGGCAGCUUGCAGUGCACACUAGCUCCCUCACAGGCUUUUAUCCUUUGUAUCUCAGAAGGAGAAACAAAAUAAAGCAACUGAACUGA